AUGGCGAAAUACGCAGUGAUAUGUGCCAGUAAUCAGAAUCGCUCCAUGGAGGCACAUAAUGUGCUUAGUAAGAAGGGAUUUGAUGUCUCGUCGUACGGCACUGGCACCAUGGUACGAUUACCAGGACCAAGUAUUACACAACCCAACAUAUAUCCUUUCGGCACUCCAUACGAGGACGUUUAUCAAGAGUUAAAAGCCAAAAACGAACAGUUGUAUACACAAAAUGGUCUGUUAACCAUGCUGGAUCGGAAUCGUAAAGUUAAACAAGCACCACAACGAUGGCACGAGAAUCUGGACAUGUAUGAUGUGAUUAUCACUUGCGAAGAGCGCUGUUUUGAUGCUGUAGUUGAAGACUUGCUGAAUCGAGGUCAAAACUACAACACCAGCACUCACGUUAUCAAUGUCGAAAUCAAGGAUAAUCAUGAAGAUGCCUUGCUCGGAGGACGAGCGAUUCUUCAGCUGUGUCAAAUGAUUGAGGCAUCUUCGGAUAUUGACGCGGACAUGGCCGGUAUCAUUGAACAGUUCACCGAACGUAACAAGACGCAUCCCAUUCUUCAUACUGUAGCUUAUUUUUAA